UUUCGUAGACACAGAGGAAGUAUUAGCUUGUAAAAACGUGUGACAACUUUGGCUCUUGAGCACGGAAUUACUUAGAUUUUAUUUUGUGAUUAUCAGUCAUCUGAUAAACCUUACAGUCAGCAGUUUCUUGAUUUCCUGAACAGUGUGAUUCAUCAUGAAGCUGGAGGUGCCAAAAAGCUUUGAAGAUGUUGCUGUUGAGUUUUCAAGUGAGGAGUGGAAGAUGCUGAGUGAGCAAAACAAAGAGUUACACCGGGAGGUGAUGGUACGGAACUAUGAGAACAUGAUUUCUUUAGGUUAUAACAUCCCAUUGGAUGAACUUCUGUUACUUCUUAAGAAAGUUGAAACCAUUCCAGAGGCUGAGGCUGAAGGAAGAACAACUGUGCAAAAAAAUCAACCUCCUGGCAACAAAUCCAGCAUGACCAGAAAAGGAGAAAUCAGAAUCAUCCAGAGUCUGCAGUUAUCCUUUGGGAAACUCCAGGAUGCAGAAUGUGACGGAGCUCUGCCUGAUGAGAUGUUUAUCAUAAGGCAAGACCCAGUGAAGAUGGAAGCAAGACAUGGUAACUUUAGGCAAAGUAAUGAGGACUUUGUCAUGAAAACUGAAUUAGAAAAGCAUCUGCAAAUUGAAUCAGAAGAAAUGCCAUGUAGCUGGCUUAAUCAUAGCAACAGUCUAGCAUUUGGUAGUAACAGUGUAACUGGUCAUCAACUUGACAGUGGGGAAAGGCAAAAGAAUACCUCACCAACACAUAAAGAAAUGCCAAUUAGGCAAACUUUGCAUAAAGGUGCUAUGAAUGCCAAAGGUUUUACAGGUCGAAAAACCUUAGCACUGCAAAAUCUCAUUAGUACCGAUCAGAAUCCCUUUAAUGCAUGUGGCCAAAGUUUUACACAGAAUAGUGACAUAACAGUACUUCCGGGUGCCCAUGUUUGGCAAAAUGAUCACCAGAGUAUCCAUACUAGCCUAAAACCCUAUAAAUGUACCACAUGUGACAAGAGUUUUGCAUACAAAGGCAAUAUGGUGACUCAUCAGAGGAAAUACUGCGGGCAGAAGCCAUAUAAAUGUUCCAUGUGUGACAAGAGUUUUGUACAGAAGAAUCAUAUGGUGAGACAUCAGUAUGUCCACAAUGGCCAGAAACCAUUUAAAUGUACGAUGUGUGACAAGAGUUUUGUAUACAAAAACAAUAUGGUGGUUCAUCAGAGGAUCCACAGUGGGCUGAAACCGUAUAAAUGUACCACAUGUGACAAGAGGUUUGCAUACAAAGGCAAUAUGGUGACUCAUCAGAGAAAAUACUGCGGGCAAGAGCCAUAUAAAUGUUCCAUGUGUGACAAGAGUUUUGUACUGAAGAGUCAUAUGGUGAGACAUCAGUAUGUCCAUAAUGGCCAGAGACCAUUUAAAUGUACCAUGUGUGACAAGAGUUUUGCAUACAAAAACCACAUGGUGGUUCAUCAGAGGAUCCACAGUGGGCUGAAACCAUAUAAAUGCACCACGUGUGACAAGAGUUUUGUGGGGAAGAGUCAACUGGUAUACCAUCACAAUGUGCAUACUGGGCAGAAACCAUAUAAAUGUACCACGUGUGACAAGAGUUUUGUAAAGAAGAGUCACUUGGUGACACAUCAAUAUAUCCACAGUGCACAGAAGCCUUAUAAAUGUACAGUCUGUGACAAGAGUUUUGUACACAAGUAUAGCUUGGUGAGACAUCAGUAUACCCAUAGGGCGCAGAAGCCAUAUAAAUGCUCCAUGUGUGACAAGAGUUUUAUAGACAAAAACAUUAUGAUAGUUCAUCAGACGAUCCACAGUGGGCUGAAACCAUAUAAAUGCACCAUGUGUGACAAGAGUUUUGUAAACAAGCAUUACUUGCUGAUCCACCACUAUAUCCAUAGUGGGCAGAAGCCAAAUAAAUGCACCAUGUGUGACAAGAGUUUUGUACGGAAGACAUGCUUGGUGAGACAUCAGUAUUGUCACAGUGGGCAAAAGCCACAUAAAUGCACCAUGUGUGACAAGAGUUUUGUGGAGAAGAGGCAACUGGUACACCAUCAGAAUGUGCAUACUGGGCAGAAACCAUAUAAAUGUACCAUGUGUGACAAGAGUUUUGUAAAGAAGAGUCACUUGGUGACACAUCAAUAUAUUCAUAGUGCACAGAAGCCUUAUAAAUGUAUAGUCUGUGACAAAAGUUUUGUACAGAAGUGUGGCUUGUUGAGGCAUCAGUAUACCCAUAGUGCGCAGAAGCCGUAUAAAUGCACCAUGUGUGACAAGAGUUUUGCACACAAAAACAAUAUGGUGGUUCAUCAGAGGAUCCACAGUGGGUUGAAACCAUAUAAAUGCACCAUGUGUGACAAGAGUUUUGCACAGAAGAUGUGCUUGGUGAGACAUCAGUAUUGUCACAGUGCGCAGAAGCCAUAUAAAUGCACCGCAUGUGACAAGAGUUUUACACAGAAAAUAUCCUUGGUGAGACAUCAGUAUUGUCACAGUGGGCAGAAGCCAUAUAAAUGCACCAUGUGUGACAAGAGUUUUGCACAGAAGAUGUGCUUGGUGAGACAUCAGUAUUGUCACAGUGUGCAGAAGCCAUAUAAAUGCUCCAUGUGUGACAAGAGUUUUACACAGAAGAUAUCCUUGGUGAGACAUCAGUAUUGUCACAGUGGGCAGAAGCCAUAUAAAUGCACCAUGUGUGACAAGAGUUUUGCACAGAAGAUGUGCUUGGUGAGACAUCAGUAUUGUCACAGUGCGCAGAAGCCAUAUAAAUGCUCCAUGUGUGACAAGAGUUUUGUAUACAAAAGCAAUAUGGUGGUUCAUCAGAGGAUCCACAGUGGGCUGAAACCAUAUAAAUGCACCAUGUGUGACAAGAGUUUUGCACAGAAGAUGUGCUUGGUGAGACAUCAGUAUUGUCACAGUGGGCAGAAGCCAUAUAAAUGUACCACGUGUGACAAGAGUUUUACACAGAAGAUAUCCUUGGUGAGACAUCAGUAUUGUCACAGUGGGCAGAAGCCAUAUAAAUGCACCAUGUGUGACAAGAGUUUUGCACAGAAGAUGUGCUUGGUGAGACAUCAGUAUUGUCACAGUGGGCAGAAGCCAUAUAAAUGCACCACAUGUGACAAGAGUUUUGUGGAAAAGAUUCAACUAGUAUACCAUCAGAAUGUGCAUACUGGGCAGAAACCACAUAAAUGUACCACGUGACAAAAGUUUUGUAAUGAAGAGUCACUUGGUGACACAUCAAUAUAUCCACAGUGCACAGAAGCCAUAUAAAUGUACAAUUUGUGACAAGAGUUUUGUACUGAAGUGUGGCUUGGUGAGACAUCAAUAUACUCAUAGUGAGCAGAAGCCAUAUAAAUGCUCCAUGUGUGACAAGAGUUUUGAAUACAAAAAGAGUAUGGCGGUUCAUCAGAGGAUCCACAGUGGGUGAUGCACUAAUGGCAGAGGGACUGUAUACUGAAAGGCCUAAUAAUGUGGUGAGACUGUUACACUGGA